UUUCAUAGGUGUUCUUAUUUAUAACACAAUAUGAUAUCUAUAAAAAUGUUACCUUUGUUAGAAGGUGCAAAAUUAAUUAUUCUUGAUGAAGGAGUGAAUGCGAUAUAUUCAAAAAUACUAAUUGCAGGAUGGAUACAAAUGUGGAAAGAGAAUGAUGUUAAUCGUGUAUUCAAUUUGUUAUUAUUUUCCAAUCCAAAAUCUUCAUAUCAAAAUGAACAUAAAAUUUUCAUAUCAAGUAACAUACAUAUUUCUGAUUAUUAUACUAUUAAUAUUAAUGAAUUUGAUAUAAAUAAUAUUGCUAAAAAAGAUUUUCAUAGAUUAGAAUAUAUUUUAAAAACUACAAAUGAAAAAUCUAUAGUGAUUAUUGAUUGUUUGACAUCUUUAAUUUUAUUUAUUGGUUUAUCAAAAACUAUGUGGUUUUUAAAGAAAUUAAGCAAACAAGUAUCACAAGUAAUUUGUAUUUAUAAACGUGAUUUUGUCCAAAUUAAAAUACCUUGCAUUGAAACAUUAGGAAGUACAUAUGUAAAAAUACAGAAAUUUUCUAAUUCAAUGAUAAACAAGAAUUUUAAUUAUAUAGUAGAAUUUGUGCAUCGUAAAAUAAAUGGAGGAAUUUUGAAACAACAGGAAAUAGUAAAUCAAAAUAUCAUAUCUUAUGAAAUUCAGUCACAAAAACUUGAACAAAGCAAAAAAUUAGAUUCAGGAUGUGAGAAAUUGAAUCAAAUUGAAUCUUCAUUCAGGUUAGAGAUAAAUGAAAAUGAAAUAAAACAGAAAAAAGAAAUAAUAUUACCAUACAUAUUUAAUCCAAAUAUAAAUAUAUCUAAAAUUAAUUAUCAACCAGAAGAUAUAGAUGAUAUUGAUGAGGAAGAUCCAGAUGAUGAUUUAUGUUUCUAAUUUAUUUAUAUUAUUAUAUUUCAUUCUAUUAAUAUAUAUUCAAAUUAUAAAAUUAAAAAAUUACAUUAAAAAAACUACUAUUAUUACAAACAAAAAA